AUGACGUAGGCUGUAUAUGAGCGCAGGCGGCGGGAUCUCUCUCCCUUUUACCGCCAUCGGAGCGGAGUCUUUCUUCCCCGACACUAUCUAACUGCGCAGCGCCGCUUGUCCAGUCCAUCCUCCGGCCGCACUGCGAAGCAUCACCUGAGACUCAGCUAAGAUGGCAGACAUGGACAACAAAGACCAGGCUGAGAUGGACCCUGCAGACUUGGAAGACGUGGAGGACGUGGAAGAGGAGGAGACCGGAGAGGAUGAAAACAGCAAAGCUCGUCAGCUCACUGUGCAGAUGAUGCAGAACCCACAGAUCCUGGCUGCGCUGCAGGAGAGGUUGGACGGUCUGAACGGCUCUCCAUCGGGCUACAUGGAGAGUUUACCAAAGGUUGUGAAGAGACGUGUGAAUGCUUUGAAGAACCUGCAGGUUAAAUGCUCCCACAUCGAGGCCAAGUUCUACGAAGAAGUUCAUGAACUGGAGAGAAAGUAUGCAGCGCUCUACCAGCCCCUGUUUGAUAAGAGAAGCGAGAUAGUGACAGCAGCUUAUGAGCCCACAGAUGAAGAAUGCGAGUGGAAGGCUGAUGAGGAGGAAGAGCUGACAGUAAGUAAGCAGGAUGAGAUGAAGGACAAGGCCAAGUUGGAGGAAGAGAAGAAGGACGAGGAGAAGGAGAAUCCCAAAGGCAUCCCCGAGUUCUGGUUAACCGUUUUCAAAAAUGUGGACCUGCUCAGCGACAUGCUGCAGGAGCACGAUGAGCCUGUACUAAAACAUUUACAAGAUAUUAAAGUAAAAUUCUCGGAUCCAGGACAGCCGAUGAGCUUCACGUUAGAGUUCCUCUUUGAGCCCAACGAGUUCUUCACAAACACAGUGUUAUCAAAAACCUACAAGAUGAGGUCGGAACCCGACGAGAACGACCCGUUCUCCUUCGACGGGCCGGAGAUCAUGAGCUGCACGGGAUGCACAAUCGACUGGACAAAGGGAAAGAACAUCACGUUGAAAACAAUCAAAAAGAAACAAAAGCACAAGGGCCGCGGCACAGUGAGGACUGUCACCAAAACCGUGCCCAACGACUCCUUCUUUAACUUCUUCACCCCUCCAGAGGUUCCAGAGAACGGAGAGCUGGAUGAGGACUCUGAGGCCAUCCUGGCUGCGGACUUUGAGAUCGGCCACUUCAUCCGGGAGCGCAUCAUACCGCGGGCCGUCCUCUACUUCACCGGGGAGGCCAUAGAGGAUGAUGAUGACGAUUACGAUGAAGAGGGCGAAGAAGCCGAUGACGAGGAAGGUGAGGAGGAGGCCGAUGAAGAGAACGACCCCGACUAUGAUCCCAAGGUUUAAAUGGUGACUAUAGACAAAUAACCUAUCCUGAAGGAUGCAACCCCCCCAGCUGAGUGCAGGCAACAGUGAGUCCUAGCCUGGCUGCCAUGAGGAUCAACUGCACUGUACCGGCUUCUGAAAUUAAAAGGAAAAAAAAAUAAAAAUAGUUAUCGCCUUAUAAUGUUUUGUAUUUUUCUUGGUAGGGGAUUUGAAGAAAAAGUUUCCAGAUUUUUGUUACAAAACCAGUGAUCAUAUACUGCGAGCUGUUUGGCUCCAUAUACACAAUAUUUUACUAGGCCUGUUUUCUCCUGUUCCUCCUCUGUACAAUAGCUAGACUACAGGAAAAGCUCCCUCAGACAGCAUGAACAUGUUUCUUCACUGCUAAACUAGUUUGGGGUCUUGUGAAGUUCUUUUGGAUGUUUGCUCUUAGACAACAGCUGUGGUUAAGGCUGCAACAUUGUGGCAUCAAUUCCCCCCCCCACCCCCACCUGUUGUUCCUUGCUCCUACCAAAGUUCCAGGUUGGUUGGUUCUGGUUGCCCCAGGUGACAUAUUUUCUUCUAAUUGGUGCUUUGAGCACUUGAGCUAGCACUGUAGCAUGUCGGAUCUGCAGCUGGGUGUUCAUCCCUGUCUGACUCGUAUGCCCCCCACCCCACUGGAGCGUCUCGUCCUCCAUGCGUUCCACUCGAUACAUUCCAGCAAGCAGACCGGCUCGUCGGCGAGCAUCUGCCACUGUUCACCUGGACAGACUGUUAAACUGGAUCCAAACCCGAAGCUUGCGUAGACUCCCUCGCUCAUGGGGCUCUGCCCAGCCUGCUGGAGUCCCCUGAACAUUCCAGAGAUUUCUGUUCAAUCAGGACACAGCUCAGUUCUGCAGGUGGUGGGGGGGGCAACCAGUCCCAGGAAUCUCGUGCUUAAGGCUUUUCUACGGCUCGCCGUGGCGUGGCUGUCGUCUUUUCUAUUGCACUUUGUACUAGUGUGUGGCGUGCCAGUGGCGUCCUGUCAUCAGUUAGCUGAGUAUUCCUUGUAAGCAGCACUUUUGUCGCUCUCUGUCUAAAGGGCCUGAGGUGGAUGAUGGCGUGAGGCCGAGUUGAACUGGUCCUUUUUUAAAGUGCAUUAGCUUUCCUAGAGAAACGGCACACUUCAGAAGCUUUAUCAAAACGUUGGGCAGAUGUAGCACAGGGGACAAGCGAAAAGCGUCAAAUUCACCUACCCCACUACUACCCCCGUUUAUCACCCCAACCUCUUGUGUCAACUUGUCCAGACUAAAGCUCAGCACUCGAGAUCCUCUUGUACAUUUAUUUAAUUCACUGUGAAAGGGGGAAAUCAGACGGCCUUGGUGGUUGCCUGGGACCCUCCUCAAUCCCCACUUCCACCCGCUCGCUUUUUGUUUGGUCUUUACCAAGAAUGCCACAGAAAAGUACGUCAGAGCAAUAUUUGGAGCCAGUAAGGGACUACCAAGAGGAAUCCUGGGCUCCCUCGCGUUGUGUUGGACCUUGUCGCGUCCACUGGAGAGCCAGGGUACCUCACUUUCUGCAGGGAGCAUUCACAUCAUAUUCAUUGAGAGAAGAUGCGAUGGGGCCUCUGUACGGUCACUUCUGAGCAGCUGUUGUCAAGGCAAAAUGCUAUGCUACAAAAAUACUAAUGUACUCUACCUGUACGUGUAUGUUCCUGAAUAAAUUGGUUAAACAUG